AUGAGUAAAGCAACCCCACCCAAUGCAAAUCAAAUUGAACAUAUCAACGAAUGUGACCCAUCUGGAUUAUCACCCGACUAUCAGCAUCUCGCUCACAUCUGUCAUGGUGAUGCCAACUGCACAAACACCAAAGGAUCGUAUAACUGCGGCUGUCAGGAAGGCUAUGCAGGAAAUGGAAGUCAAUGCGAUGACAUCGACGAGUGUGCAUCUGGUACACACAACUGUCAUGUUGACGCAAACUGCACCAAUACAAAGGGAUCAUUCUACUGCACGUGUCAUACGGGAUACUCUGGAGACGGAGUCACUUGUGAAGAUAUAAGUGAGUGUAACACGGAGAGCCUCUCACAACAACACAGUGAUUAUGCUAAUAACUGUCAUCCUGAUGCAAAUUGCACGAACACCAAAGGGUCCUUCUAUUGCACCUGUUUAAAUGGAUAUUCCGGGAACGGCGUAACAUGUGAUGGUAAGAAAAAUGUGUAUAUUACGUGUUGCACUAAUAUUAGUCUGAUGUCAAGCGUUCUUGAAGUCCAAAGUCAACAGAGAAAGCUUUCGGGAAUAACGUUCAAGGGUUCCCCAUUUUACUCAGCUGUUAAAAUUGGAUAUUUUAAAUCCAUAAGUUAUUCCACAAAAACCAAAGAACUAUCUGGCUAUUGCAGUGCAUUGCCAGAAUUAGUUGGAGGAAUGACUUUUCACUGUUUAACAUACUUUACUCUACAUACUGCUUUUCACUGUUUAACAUACUAUUUUCCUUUAGACGUGGACGAGUGUUUUCCUGAUCAGAUAUCUGCUAAUUAUCAUCAUCUUGCUCACAACUGUCAUGCUGAUGCCAACUGCACUAACACGAAAGGAUCAUUUUAUUGCACGUGUCUUAACGGGUAUUCUGGUAAUGGAGUCACGUGCAUGGACAUAGAAGAAUGUACAACAGACACAGACAACUGCCAUGCUGAUGCCAACUGUACAAACACCAAGGGAUCAUUCUACUGCACGUGUCAUAAGGGAUACUCUGGAGAUGGAGUCACUUGUUACGAUAUCGAGGAAUGUCAAACCGAAAGUGACAAUUGUCAUGAUGACGCAAAUUGCACGAAUACCAAAGGAUCGUUCUACUGCACGUGUCUUACGGGAUAUUCUGGAGAUGGAGUUACGUGUGAUGAUAUCGACGAGUGUUCUCCUGGUCAGAUAUCUGCUAAGUAUCUUCGUCUAGCCCACAACUGUCAUGAUGACGCCACAUGUUCCAACACCAAAGGAUCAUUCUACUGCACUUGUCUUACAGGGUACUCAGGAGAUGGUGUCACUUGUGUUGAUAUCAACGAAUGUGACGCAUCUGGAUUAUCAGCUGACCACCAACAUCUGGCUAACAAGUGUCACGGUAAUGCCAACUGCACAAACACCAAAGGAUCGUACAACUGCGGCUGUCAGGAAGGUUAUGCAGGAAAUGGAAACCAAUGCGAUGGUAAAUGGACAGGGCACACACGUCAAAUAGAAAUUGUAGUAUUAGAGCACGUGCUUUCUAGUCAAACAAACGUCACGAACUCACCAAAAAUCAUUUCAUUUACUUCAGACAUAGAAGAAUGUACAACAGACACAGACAACUGCCAUGCUGAUGCCAACUGUACAAACACCAAGGGAUCAUUCUACUGCACGUGUCAUAAGGGAUACUCUGGAGAUGGAGUCACUUGUUACGAUAUCGAGGAAUGUCAAACCGAAAGUGACAAUUGUCAUGAUGACGCAAAUUGCACGAAUACCAAAGGAUCGUUCUACUGCACGUGUCUUACGGGAUAUUCUGGAGAUGGAGUUACGUGUGAUGAUAUCGACGAGUGUUCUCCUGGUCAGAUAUCUGCUAAGUAUCUUCGUCUAGCCCACAACUGUCAUGAUGACGCCACAUGUUCCAACACCAAAGGAUCAUUCUACUGCACUUGUCUUACAGGGUACUCAGGAGAUGGUGUCACUUGUGUUGAUAUCAACGAAUGUGACGCAUCUGGAUUAUCAGCUGACCACCAACAUCUGGCUAACAAGUGUCACGGUAAUGCCAACUGCACAAACACCAAAGGAUCGUACAACUGCGGCUGUCAGGAAGGUUAUGCAGGAAAUGGAAACCAAUGCGAUGACAUUGAUGAAUGCACGUCUGGCACACAUAACUGUCAUGUUGAUGCUAACUGCACCAACACCAAAGGAUCAUUCUAUUGUACCUGUCAUACUGGAUACUCUGGAAAUGGAGUCACGUGUGUUGAUAUUUCGGAGUGUGAGGACGAAAGCCUGGCGUCACAUCACAGCAAUUAUACUCAUAAUUGUCACGACGAUGCUAACUGUACCAACACCAAGGGAUCAUUUUACUGCACGUGUCACCAUGGUUACUCAGGAGAUGGUGUUAUUUGUGCAGACGUGGACGAAUGUUUACCUGAUCAGAUAUCUGAUGAAUAUCUUCAUCUUGCUCACAACUGCCAUGCUGAUGCCAACUGUUCCAACACAAAAGGAUCAUUCUACUGCACGUGUCAUACGGGAUACUCUGGAGAUGGAAUCAGCUGUGUUGACAUUGAAGAAUGUGCCACAGAAAUAGAUCAUUGUCAUGUGGAUGCCAACUGCACCAACACGAAAGGAUCAUUCUACUGCAUGUGUCAUACGGGAUACUCUGGAGAUGGAGUCACUUGUAACGGUAAUUUACACUUGGAUAAGUGUUAGUAUAGAACUGUGACCUAUCAACAGAUGU